AUGAAGCACUCUUUUAUGGCGCCGUUCGAGGCCGUAAACGACUUCACGGGCAUGCGCGUUAUCUCCGACUGGGAGCUGGGCGGCUCCGCGGUGGCGCACAGGGGGUUCGUGCGGCUGACGGCGGAGAAGCAGUCGCAGAAGGGGUGGAUCGCCAACCGCAACUCCUUCGAGGGCGGCGAGUGGAGCCUCGCGAUGGAGCUGCGCGCGACGGGCGAGUCGCAGGCGUGCCGCGAGAGCAGCGCCGCCCUGCCGCCUCGCUGCCACGCCGCCUCGCGCCCGCCUGCUGCCGGCGAGCGGCUCCAGCUUGGCUUCAUCGCGGCCGCGCACACCUCUUCUCCCCUCGCCCACCCCGCGCCAACUUUGCCCUCCGAUCUGCCGCCCUCUGCACGCCUCACGUGCACGGCUUCCGCUGAGCUCUCCCUCCCGUGCGGCGGCAGGCUCGGCAUCUUCUUCGACACCUUCCAGAACGUCGACCAGCAGCACCACCACAAGCACCCGUACAUCUACGCUAUGGUCAACGACGGCACGCAACACUACGCUAAGCAGAUCCUGCCCGGCGCGCACGACAACUCUGGCUGCUCGUUCGACUUUCGGUACAACGAGGCGCGGCAGGACGUGUCGGUGCUCAACCACACGCGCGUGCACGUCACCUACUCGGCUUCGCAGCGGCGCCUCAACCUGCGCCUCCAGCAGACCUCUGUCGGACACGACGGAGAGUGGUACCAGUGCCUCGAGGCCAAGGACGUCGAGCUGCCGAGCAGCGGCUACUUUGCUAUCUCGUCGGCGACGGGCGACCUGGUCGACAACCACGACAUCAUGCACUUCGUCGUGCGCGGGACGGAAGGCGUCGACAACGACCACCAGGCGUGGCUCGACCAGCAGAAGGCGCUGGCGGCGAUGCAGCAGUCCGAGCUCGACUUGCGGCCAGCCGAGGCGGUGCAGAGGGACUACGCUCGCGCGCUCGCCGCCCACACCGCCUCGCUAAAGGCGCUGUCUGCGUCGGUCGACAAGUUGCAGCAGCAGAUGGAGUUCCAGCUCGCGUCGAUCCAGGCGGGCGUGGCCAUCGCCCGCACGACGGUCGACGACAAAGCCAACGAGCUGCGCGAGGUCAAGGAGCGGGUGGAGAAGGAGUCCUCCUCGGCCAAGGUCAUCUCGGAGCUCAAGAAGGACGCGGCCGACGAGAUGAAGCAGAUGAAGACGGAGUUCAAGGAGGCGCUCAAGUCGGGCGGAGGUAUGUCCACUCUCUCCUUCUACUUUCUGCUGCUGCUCAUCGUCGCCCUCGGCGGCGUGGGCUACAACCGGUACCGCAAGAUCAUGAAGUCGCACCUGCUGUGA